UCGCCGGCUUGAAAGCGGAGCGGCCAGACCGCGGAGUAACGGAGCAGGGGGUGAGGAAACGGCUGGCAAUCGAAUAAAAAGGGGGAAGAGGUACGAUUUCGCGCGUUCACCGCGAUUCUCUCAAUUACUUUCGACGGACUCGGCGGCAUAGUAUCGGACUCGCCGGUCGGAUAAUCGACUUGGGCGAAAGGUGAACGCUGUCACGAGAGGCUGACGAUGUCCGUGAUGGGUAAGCCGGUACUUUACUCCUACUGGCGGAGUUCCUGCUCUUGGAGGGUAAGAAUUGCGUUGAAUCUAAAAGAGAUACCGUAUGAUAUAAAGCCCGUUAGUCUGGUGAAGAGUGGUGGAGAACAACAUUCUAAUGAAUUUCGCGAGAUUAACCCAAUGGAACAAGUUCCCGCGCUCCAUAUCGACAAUCAUACCCUGAUAGAGUCUCUAAAUAUUCUACAAUACUUGGAAGAGACUAGGCCGAAUCGUCCAUUGAUGCCAGCGGAUCCUGUCAAGAGAGCUAGAGUGAGAGAGAUUUGUGAAGUAAUUGCCAGUGGUAUACAACCGUUGCAAAAUCUUGUUGUUCUAAUCUAUGUCGGAGAGGAACGUAAGAAGGAAUGGGCACAGCAUUGGAUUACUAGAGGGUUUACAGCCGUGGAAAAAUUGUUAUCGUCGAGUGCGGGUAAAUAUUGUGUCGGUGACGAGAUAACAUUAGCGGACUGUUGCCUGGUUCCACAAAUAUUCAACGCACGAAGAUUUCAUGUUGAUUUGAGACCCUUUCCUACGAUUUUGAGGGUGGACCGUCAUUUGGAACACCAUCCAGCCUUCACUGCAGCUCACCCCAACAAUCAGCCCGACUGUCCGCCCGAGGCGACUAAGUAGCAAGCGAGGCAGACCACCCUCUUCCUCUUCUAAUCUUUUAGAAGGGAGAAAAGGGAUGGUCGAACAUUAUGUAGUAUCGUAGUGAUAAAAGGUGAAAGAGUUUUAUCGCAUUUGUUUGCAUUUCUCGUUCUUCUGCAUUUAAAUUGUAGCGAUUAAAAAUUUUGUUUCUACAUCAAAAAAAUGGUCUUAAAAAAAGAUUAAAUUAAAUAGCAUAAUCUAAUUCAUCAAACAUUAAUUGAACGUAUUUUUAAUUGUACGAAUAGGUCCAAUCUUUGGAAUAACAAAUAUACAAGAAACAAAACUUUUAUUUUUACAUUUUUAGCUGAUAAAUUGCAUCAUUUUGAUAACAGUAUUUAUGUGUUUCAAGAAAUUUAUUCCAGACUCGAUACAGUUUCACCUUUUAUCAUUUAUGAACUGCGUAUUAGCACUGAAAUGGCUAGCGGCGCCACAAAAACGAUUAUAUCGAGCUAUGGUCUUGAUUUAAACAUCCUGUUAUGAUACAAUGCCGCUUAUUUUAGAACAAAGAUACGCCAUUUCUACACUCACGUAAGAGCAAAGGAAGAGCUAUAUUGGCCUAUUUUUUUAUUUUGUUACGUUUUCUACGAUUUUACAUGAUCAAUCGAAAUUUAUCUUCACGCGGUAUUUUUACACGAUAUUUUAUAAAGAUAUAUUGACCUAUUCUGAAUAGGUUCUGUUGAAAUCAAAAGUUUAAUUUUUAUAUACGUAUUAUAAUUUUUUAUUUUAUACUUGCUUGUAGUAUGUAGCAUAAAGGAAAAGAAGGUGUCGCUAAUUGAAUUCUAAUGAAUACCCCGAAAUCUUCGCUGAUAUAUAGGAUAGUGACUCGUAUUCAUGUGAUACGAAGUACGCGCAGAUAAAUUCAAACGUGAAGCGAUCAAAUUCGAAGGGAAACGUGUAAUAAGGGAAUGCGCUCUGCUCAAUAUCUCCCAGAAUACCAACAAAAAGUACAAAUCCUAUAUUUCCUUUGAUAUCUCAAUUUUAAAAUGUAUUAAAUUUCUACGUUUUAUUUACACUUUAAUAUUUUGUUAUUGUUUAUAGUUACGCCUUUUCUUUGUCUAGAAUGAAUCAAAAAAUUUUUAUUACUUGAAGAAAUUUAAAGAGAUUUCAAAAAUGUGUCAAUUGUAAUCGCAUGAAUUUGAACGUUUAAAGAAUUAUAUGAUAGAUUACUGUAAUGCAUUAUGUUGAAUUUAUGAUACAAGACUUCAAAAGUCAAAGCAAUAAUUCUUAUAUGCAUCAUUCAUUUAUCUUUUUUGAACUUUUUUAAUUUUAUAUUUUUAAUAGUCUGGCAAAGUUCACAAAAUAUAAAUGUAGAAAAUACGAGUGAAACCAACAAAUUUGUUUUUCCAAUGACUAUAGUGUGACCUUUUUAUUUCAGAAUAUUAAUUUUUAAGUUUAUUUUUUAAACGAUAUUUCAGAGAUAAGCAAAUGUAUUGAGAGAUGUACACCUUUUUUUAAUUGAAAAACUGACUUAUAUAACUGUAGUUAGAUAAUCUGUGAUUUGUGUUGUGCAGAACUGAAGUUAUUUCAAGUUACUGCAAUGAUUAGAAUGUGCCAUUGAAAUACCGUUUUAUAGUACAAUCGCGAACGAUUUUAAACACAAACGAGAAACGUGUGUCCGCGCAAACAGAAUCAAAGUAUAUAUUUAUGCUCUUACGAAUAGUUUUCCAGUUCGAGCAUAAGCAGAGAUAUACCGAUAUUUUUCACGAAUCUUUUUAUAGGAUCGCUCAUUGUAAACCAUUGUUAUACAUAGUUCCCGUAUGUGCUUCGAAAAAUUUUAUACGCGAGCGUACGUUCGUCAAAAGUCAAGUCAAAUCGUGUAGAUAUCGAACGUGACUGAUCUGAAACCGGUGAUCGAGUUUCACUUGGCAUUCUUCCUUAUUGCCGCGUUAUCCUUCUCGUCCUCGUUUUGUAAUUAAACAACACGUCACGAUUGCAUUUACAUACUCGAAAUUUCAUAUACCACACCUCGAUGACUUCUCGUAUAUCGCGCACGUUGUCAACUGCCUUUUCGAGACUUCGACGAGUACUUCUUCCAUGUAGCCUCCAGCCUUCGCAAUUAUUUUUCUAUAGGAGAUAGUAUCGUAUAACGAAGGUAUAACAACUUCGUGCGCUUUUUAACGGAGGAUUUAAGGAUUAAAUAUAUAAGAUCGUCGCAACUUGAAAUCAUCGUCCUACGUAUAGUAUAGUAUUCCGGGACGGGUAAAAAAAACAUGCAUUCCGUGUCUAUACAUUCACACAUAGACGUAUAUUAUAAUCGACCGAGUGAUUAGAUAAUAUGUAUAUAAUCUUUGUACGAAGUAACUUCCUAUCUCAUUUCCGCUCUACAAAUAUUCGCAGUACCAAUAGGCGUAUUUUCGAAAAACCAAUAGAAAUCUUCAACAAAAAUUGUGUGUUUAUUUCAUUGUGAUAACAUUGUCUAAUAAUUAAGAUUUAUAUAUGAUUCAAUUUGUGGAAAAAUAUGCGAGCGAAUCAAGUCUGUCUGCGCUGACUUUGAAUGUAUUUAAUGAAUGGAAUCUCGCGCAUUUUUAAAUGUGACGUUACACUCCCUCCAUCGUAUUUUCGUUUCGCAUUCUUCUUCACAACUUACAAAAAUUCGUACAAGCGACAAGUAGUCAUGUAAAAGCGGAAAAUUGGUUUUAUCGAAAACGAGCUGUGUUAUUGUAGUGUUAUCGGUAGCUCUGAUAUGAUAUUAGAUAUCUAACUCUGGAAUAUCACAAUUCCGUAAGGUACAGUCGACUUUAUAAGUAAAUAAAGAAAAAAAAAUUUACCGUCUAGUUCCCCGAGGCUUAAUUCACGUUAAAGCAGUUAUAGUUUAUUAGUCUAUAUCUUAUGAAACCGUUUAGUUUGCAAGAGUUUUUGUCUCCGAUUUAGAUGAGAAAACUGCUUGUGAUAUUUUAAUAUUAGCGGCGAAUUGUAUUGUGCAUCUUACAUUUAUACGCAAGAGGAAGAACCAAUCUACUUUCACGCUUCCUUACUCCAUGUUCUCGCUUCGUAGUUUUCUAAAGUAGAUCUAGAAACUUCAUUUGUAUACUUGUCUUUCGUAUCGAGAUCUCUCGAGUCCGAUGAUUAUUUGAUUUUUGUACGGAUCCCUAGUUAUAGAUAAGACCAUAUUUGUUUUCGUUGAUUCUCCAUAUAACUCUGUAGACUCCUCGCUGCGUAUUAAUCUUCCUGCCGUCUCGUUUUCGAUGAGCUGGCGUAUCAUCGACACGCAUAAUCAACACACGCGUGAGAUAAAGCGAGAGAUAAAAGCGACACGCACGUUCUGUAAGUAGGGAGUAAAAAAAAAUAUGAGCAAUGGAUAAUAUUUGAAUAAAACCGAUUUAUGCGUACGUUAGUAACAAGUCCGAUAAAAUGAUAUAACCGUGGUACACACAACUGAAAUCUCCCGUCAUGACGAUCCUGAAUAGAUUCUUAGACAGCGCGUAAGAUAUUCGUGAAAGGACGAGCGUGAAAUCGUUUUAAGCAAGAGAGAGUUGUACAUUUAUAAAUCGAUUGGGACACGUCGAUUUUGUGAAACCGGGCGCGUAGAUAUUUUGUAAGCGAGAGAAUAAAUAAAUAGGGAAACGAUCGCGCUAUGUAUGUUCACGCUGCUUAUAGCGAAUAAAAAAAAUUCUGUGUCGAUAGUGUAUGUAUAAUAAGUACUUCGUAGUAGAGUCGCGAACGAAAAAAAAAAAAGAUCAAAACAGUAAGUGCAUUCGUAAUUGUACACUUAUUACUCGAAUAAAUAAAGAGCUACGUUUUGUCCGUAGA